AUGGCCCCGAUAAGCCAACGCAAGCAUAUCGGCCGAGAUAAGUUUGGGACGCAGUUCAGCCUCCUCAAGACCCAACAGUACACCGAUCCUGCAGCGAGAACCGUUACGCCGACCAUUCAUCGCACGAUCUCAUGGAAUGCAUCUGGCGGUCUCAUUGCCACAGGUGCAAAUGACAAGACAGUUCGAGUCUGGAACCCCGAGCGCACGAGUCCACGCAGCCAGACGGAACUUCGAGGACACGGACAUGCGGUGGAGAAGGUCUUGUUCAACCCUGUCCGCGAGUUUGAGCUGGCAAGCUGCUCUUCGGAUGGCACAGUGCGUUUCUGGGAUACAAGAAGCAAAACCUGCGUGACAAAGCUUGAGGUGGGCGGGGAACCAUUCACCAUGACAUGGAGUGCUGAUGGAGGGGUGCUAAUGGUCGGGACUAAGGGCGAUGUUCUCAUUCCUGUCUCAACAAGUAUCCCGUCCUCUCCAGAAAUCCUCUCUCGCUACAAGCAGCCCCAACAGACAAACCAGACAACUUUCUCCAACGCCUACCCUCCCACUGAAUUGCUUAUCACUCAGGGCGAUGGCUCGGUUAAGAUCCUUGACUAUCCUACUUUUGCACCCUUGCAUAGCAUAUCGGCACACACCUCAUCGUGUACCUCGAUCACGUAUUGUCCGAACGGGAAAUACAUUGCGGUAGGCGGUUCUGACGCUAUGAUAUCGCUGUGGGAUACAAUUGACUGGGUUUGCCGGCGCACUUUGUCAAAUGCAAGCUCUGGAGCCAUCAAGGGCCUUAGCUGGUCUUGGGAUGGACGGUACCUUGCUGGUGCUAGUGAAGAGAUGGGCGCAGGCGGCGGUGAGGGUCUUAGCUCUGGCUUUGACAUCUAUCAUGCUGAGACGGGUGAUGUGGUGCACACGAUACCAACAGGAACGAGUGGAAUUCCUGCUGUUGCGUGGCACCCAAAUCGGUACUGGCUCGCAUACACCCAAGUCGAAGAAACCAGACAAGGGAAAUCAAGCCUGAAGAUCAUUGGUGCUGCGGGUGGACCAACCAUAUGA